AUGGAAGAAGAAUUAGAUUUGUCGUACUUGGACCGUGAAGAUAUAGACGACGAUGUGGUUGGUGUAGACUUUAAUAUAGUCGCAAUGUUACAUCAACAAUUACAAAUAACAACCUCAAUGGCUGCACUAACAAUGUUAUGCAUUGUUUGUCAUGCCUUGAAUAUAUUGAAUAUGUGCUCGAGUGAUCCAAGUAGUGUUAGCACUUUCCUUCCCGACAAAGACCGUCGCAGGCAACAGUUAAUGUCGUACUUGGUGCAUACUAAUCGAUGUCGUGACAUCAUUCGGAUGGGUCCAGAGGCAUUUAUUAAUCUUUGUGAGAGACUAAGAACAACUGGGUUAGUUAAAGAUGCCAUUCGCUCAACAGUGGAGGAACAAGUAGCUCAAUUUCUUCAUAUAAUUGGGCAUAAUGUUAAGAAUCGAAGUGUCGCAUUCUUCUUCCAUCGAUCUGGGGCGACGGUUAGCAAACACUUUCACAAUGUGUUGGAUGCUAUUUUAAGUCUAGAAUCUGAAUUUUUAACUCAACCAUCAAGAGACGAGGUGCAUCCAUAUGUCUUAAACAACAAUCGGUUUUAUCCGUACUUUAAGGAUUGCUUAGGGGCCAUAGAUGCGGGGUGGGAAGGAACAGCAUCUGAUUCUAGAAUCUUAAAAAAUGCUCUCGAUCGAGAUGAUCCGUUGGUCAUCCCCCAAGGAAAGUACUAUCUUGGCGACGCUGGGUUUAUGCUAAAAAGUACAAUAUUGACACCAUACAGAGGCGUGAGAUAUCAUCUUAAAGAAUUCACACGCACAGGAUCACAAAAUGCAUUUGAGCUCUUUAAUCAUAGACAUUCAUCAUUGAGAAAUGUUAUAGAAAGAACAUUUGGUGUGUUGAAGAAAAGGUUUCCUAUCAUUGCCAGUGGAAGUGAACCACAUUAUGGAUUGGAGACAAUGACAGACAUCAUUCUAGCUUGUUGUAUCCUACACAACUUUAUCCGUGGAGUUGAUAGGGAUGACCCAUUGCUUAAUGAGGUUCAUAAUGAGUUAAAUGAAGGGGAAGACCAUAACGUGGCAUCUUCUCAAGUUCGAGAAGAUGAUUAUAGGGUCGGUACAACUAUUAGGGAUGCCAUAGCUGAUGAAAUGUGGCGAGAUUAUGAACAUUAA